GUGGGUGACAUCACAACAUAGCGGUUUAUCUAUAUACACGUACAGGAGCCAGACGCAAUGAGAUAAUUGCAACAGUAUGGUCCAGCUGACAGUGCCAUCGCCACCCUCUGCACGCCGAGCACCGUCAGCUCGCGCAUUCCAAACCAACAGGUCUUGCCUGAUGUGAGCGAACAUCCCACGGCCAGCUAGCUUACCGCGGUGGCAGUCGGCAGCUCUCUGAUGAGUGUCAGGUAAGACAAACAUCAUGGUUGGUUUGUCAAGAACAAAUCUUUAUUUGAGACUUUUCCUCACCUUUGUAGUGAUGUGUCUGGCUUGCUGCUACUGCAGCAUGGUGGAGUGUGCUAUGGUGCCGUUAAAGACGCCGCAGUCACCGGCGGGACACCAGCAGCGGGGAGCCUCACCGCCCAUCACAGCCUCAAACGCACAACAUAGGACACUCUUGCAAGAGUCAAAUUCCAAAUUAUCAUCAUCAUCUUCAUUAGUAGUCGCAAUAGAAAAUAACCAGCUGCUUACAAAAUUUUUCCAAGAAACCAAAGAUUCAGAAACAAACAGCCAAAGAAAUUUAGACAGAGACAGACGAAGUGCUAAAAAGACCGAAGUCCUUCUCGACGAUUCGAUGAGGAUAGAGAGGGAGGCAGGGAACACAUCUAGCGAGCAGCCGCCGGCGUCCGAACACACCGUUUACACCGUCGGAGAGACGGGUGGCAUCCCCGUUGCAGGCUCGGGAUUUCUCGCAAAAACGGUUGAAAGUUUUGCUAAUUCAGCAGAGGGCUCAGGGUCUGAGCAAAUCGUCCAGACCAAUGUCCGAGCGAGUUCCGGUGGUGGUGAGGAGAAACAGUCCGGAGGAGGGGACAGCGACUACUGUCCAGACUGCGUCAGGAGAAAACAGGAACUCGAGAAACUGCCACCAGAGAGACUACGUCUCUUGCGUCUUGAGAAAAUAAAGAUGCAGAUUCUGAGUAAACUUAAGCUGGAGCGGGCGCCGAAUGUGAGCGCUGGCAGCGUGGACAUACCCGAGCCCCUGGCCAGGGGACGGAUGGCGGCCAGUGGGGACACGGACUUAGGGAUGGGUUACGAAGAUGGGGGCGAAGACGUGAAUGAAGACAACUGGGAGGAAGAUGAGCUUAAUGAGAUUCAAGACAAUUAUGAAGACACAAGCCAAGUGAUCAUUACAGCACAAGAAGGUCUGGGUGCUUGUCCACGCAAGAAGGAUUCCGUUGGUUGCUUCAGUUUUGAAAUCUCCGCUAAUAACCUGGAAGAAAACAUCGUUUCGGCCAAGCUAUGGAUUCACCUCAGAAAUAGUGCACAGGAAAUUGACCAAAACCGGACGUUGGUGGUGUCCCACAUUAGCAACGGUCGCCACGCUCGCCACACCGUUCUGCAUACGAGUACAGUGGAGUACAAAGCAGACUGGGUCACACUAGACUUGACACACGCCGUCAGGAGAAUGGUGGUACACGCAAAGCGGUCCUAUCUUUUCGAAGUCACGUGCGCGACCUGCCGUGCGACCGGCAACCCCGUGGACAUGAAGCCGGGGCGCCGCCCCUUCUUGGUCCUGGGGAAGGGGGUGAGGCGCCAGCGCAGACCUCGUUCAGUCAUCUGCCCACCGAACGAGACCCAGUGCUGUAAGGAGAUAUUCUACGUCUCGUUUGCAGAACUCAAAUGGGACUGGAUCAUAGAGCCGAAGGGUUACUCGGCUAACUAUUGCAGGGGCUCGUGUGACGACAACGUAGCUCAAGGUUACGCGCACACCUACGUCAUGACGACCGUAAGGAACCAGAACAUCGAUAGAGGACUCUCUAUCGUGCCCUGUUGCGCGCCUCUCGUCACUAAGCCACUGGUGCUCCUGUAUUAUGACAACGAAGGGUACAUCUAUAAGAAACUAUUGCAAAAUAUGAUCACAGAGAGUUGUGCAUGUAUGUAAAAUAUGCCGUAGGCUUCCACUAUUUAUUACUUUUUUGUAGCUCGGUGCUGUCGUCUUCGUGUGACGCAUUUUUCAUCGUCAAAUCACAUCCGAUCAAAGGAGGUCGGAUGAAACUUUGAAACGUGGGGUCAUAGGUCACUUCUCCUGCGCCAUAUCUCUCAAAGAGGCACGGCAUCCUGGGGGCCAAGUUUCAUAAAGGUGUUAAAGCAGAAAACACUGCUUGACGAGUUUAUUGGCUAAGCAAAAGUUGAGUCAUG